AUGGCUGACGCUGUGCUUGUGGGAAAUCUGCAAAAUCAACUGGAUCGUCUGAUGAAUCAGCUGUCUGAUCUGGAGGAAGAGAGGCCCAAUAUGGAUGCCAAAGAAUACGAAGAACUGAAGUCGGAAACAAUGGAACAACUUCAAGAUCUAAGUCGAACACUGGAGAAAAUGACUGGAGGAACCAUCACAGUAAUAGAUAAUCUCACAGCUACUCGAAUGGCUGUCAGAGCUGCAAUUAGCCAAGCAUUUCGAACGCCUGAAAUAGUGGCGUUGUUCGCGAGAAAGCAACCGGCUGCAUUGCGGCAGAAGCUUAUAGUGAUGGACAACGACCUGCGCAUGCAAAAAAUAACGGAGAAGGAGCAUCAUGCCAGGAAAUUGGAGAUAUUGACCGCUUUGGUGAAUUUGAAGGAAGAGCUGUCGGACGAUGAAAAGGUUUUCUUGAAACAACAGAAGCAGUUAGAAAGCUUGCCUCACUUCGACUUGGAGGCUACUUCAGGGAAUACAGUCUGUAGAAAUGAACUUCAAUAA